UUGACCCAUGCACUUUUUCCCUGUGUGUCGGAGGAUUUAAUCACACCACUUUACUAUAGUAUGCAUCCUUCUGUUCCUAUUAUAUUGCUGGUACUUUUUACUGUAACCACCAAUGCUUCCACUUGUCAGCCGCUUUCCCAGCCUGAGAAUGGCUCCAUCGACAACUUGGCAACGUCGGUCGGUUCGAAGGUCACUUAUUUCUGUAAUAAGGAGUUUACUCUGUCUGGCGGUGACAGUGCGAGGACAUGCCAGUCGGAUGGGAUGUGGAGUGGAAAGGCACCAAUUUGCACACAAAUCCAAUGUCCCACACCGAAACCCGUCCAGAAUUCCUACCUCAAUUCAACAGACAGAAAUAAUGUUGGGAGCAAGUUGACGUACACAUGCCUCAACGAUGGCUUCACCAUGACGGCCGGUGACAAGGAGAGAGUAUGUCAGAAGACUGGGACGUGGAGUGGGGUUCCACCCACAUGCACGCCAAUAACGUGUGGAAAAUUGGACCCGCCAUCGAACAGCUACAUCAGCUACACCAACCUGCACUAUGCGCACAGCAAAGCUUCCUUCAAGUGUCGGGAUGGAUUUGGGCUUAGGGGUCCUAAGAUGAGAGAAUGUCUACCAAGUGGCAAGUGGAGUGGGUCAUCACCAAUGUGUCUCCGAGUGUGCGCUAACACGAUCAGAGUCCCUAAGUUUGGAACUGUGGACCGGUUAUCUCAUGGGGGACUGUUCGCCGGUGAUACCGUCACCUACAACUGCCGUUUUGGUUACAAGCUAGUCGGGAAUGCAAAGCAAGUGUGCGGCAAUGAUGGGAGCUGGAUUGGUACUCCACCAAUCUGUGAACCUCCCACGACAACAACCAUAUCAACCGCUACAACUUCAACCACUACAACUUCUACUACCACACCUACCACCACGACAACGCCUACCACUACCACCUCUACCACCACCACAACGCCUCCUUCCACCACGGCAACGCCAACCACAACCACCACGACAACGCCAACCACUACCACUACGACAACGCCAACCACUACCACCUCUACCACCACUACAACGCCUCCUUCCACCACGGCAACGCCAACCACUACCACCUCUCCCAACACUACAACGUCUACCACUACCGCCUUUAACACCACUGCUAUCACUACUAAAACUACAGCGCCUAAAGACACAGCUAGACCACCAUACUCUACCACCCUUACCACAAAAUCUACCACUCGGCAAAGAACACGAUCUACUACCAUCGCCACUGUUAUCACUCCGACCUCACUUACGUCGAGACCAUCGAUACCAAGCAAGCAGACGAUAGCAUCGACGCAACAAGCAGACCAAGUCAUUUCCAUCGGUGGCAACCCAAAUUCUGGCGCACAACACAAAGAUGAAUCGCCUUCGAACUUGCCACUGAUAAUUGGAGCAACAGUCGGCGGCUUGCUUCUGGUUGCAAUAAUUCUUACUGCUAUCAUUGUCUUUACAAAAAGGAACCAGCCUCCACCUCCAGGCGCCCAGAAAUUCGAAAAUCCAGAUGACGCUGAUAACAAUCUCAAGAUAGACAUUGGGCGACAAUCCGUCAUGUUUGAGAAAGCUAAAGACGACUGGCGCGCUAACCCCACUUAUCGGGACACGGACGACAUUAUUGAUGACGAAGGUGUUGAUAUUGAAUAUCAAGAUGAUAACCUGUAUGCGAAUGCGACAUCUUUUCUGAAACCCGAUGCGUAGACUGCUUGUUAUGAUAUAUAUGCCUAUACUUACUUAACUGGAUUACCUUCGAUCAAGGUGGCUUCUCUGUUCUCACAGUAAUAUUUAAUAAAGCUUACUUUCCGCUGAAGUAGCAAAAGCGGGAAACCGCUCGGGUUUCACAGAUGUUCGUUCAUGAGUUUUGGCAAUGGUUACUGGCCACAAAACCUGUGAAAGCGAUAAAACCGCCUCGGUAAGCCACUGUAGUGGAAUUAGACCUUAGUACUCCCUGUGCCACCAUCGAGAGCGCGCUGGGGGUGGGGGCAUAAGGAUACAAGGCACUGAACUGUAUUGUAGAUACAUUUUAUGCGCCGAUAGGAUUUGCGAAACGAUUGGUUACAUGAUAGAAUGUAUAAAAAUGGAAGAGAAAUCAUUGUUAGAAUUAUGGAUUCUUUUCAUGUUAAGAUAUUGGUAUAUGCAAUUCCUUGAUUGGUAACUGACCAAUUAAAACCAGCGAGCUGCAGUUGUGAAAUAAAACUCUUAUUGGUUCCA